CUCGACGCGCUCAGACAACGAAUUUUCGCAAAAGUUUCUUCUACUACUUUGUUGUUGUUGUUCUUGUUGUUGUUGGGGAAAAUGGCAGCCAGCAUAGCCACACACACCCAAGAAGUUUUCAUCAGCACGGCCAGCAUCCAGUUAGCGCCCCCGCAACUGCAAGAGGGCCAACAGAGUCCCAUCUACGAGUGGCAUACACAGGUGACCGCGCCCACGUCCCCAACCGGAGAUUCGACAACGGAAGCGAUAACGCGACGCAUCACACAAACCAACAACAGCCAGAGCCCCAGUCCCAAAUACUACUACACCCCACCACCCAUUAGCGGCAAGGAGGCGGAGAGGAAAUAUCUGCCACAAACGCUGGGCAACUUCUUUGAGGCGGAGCGCUAUGCCAGCGCCUGGAAUCGGACCACACAGCACCCAAUUUAAAUUGUAAUUAAACGUUGCCUCAAAUAAAAUGCAAAGCUAGCGAAAAUCAA